AUGAAGAGUUCAAAUCACACAAAAGUAGAAGAAGAGCUUCAUGAAAACGCACACAUCGAUUACGAUCGUGUUGCUAUUAAAUGGAAUCCUUCAGUCGCCCAAUUAUACGAAGAUGCUUUAAAAUAUGAAGAAGGUUCUGCCAUUUCUUCCGCCGGUGCCUUAGUUACUGCCUCCGGUAAUAAGAAAGGUCGCUCUCCAAAAGAUAAACGUAUUGUUGACGAGCCUAGUUCAACCAAUGAUAUUUGGUGGGGUCCCGUAAAUACUAAAUUACCUGAACAUGUAUUCCUCAUCAAUCGUGAACGCGCAGUUGAUUACUUAAACACUCGUAAAAGAAUUUAUGUUUUUGAUGGUUUUGCUGGAUGGGAUCCAAAAUACAGAAUUAAAGUUCGUGUAGUAUGUGCUCGUGCUUAUCAUGCUUUGUUCAUGAGAAAUAUGUUGAUUCGUCCAACUCCUCAAGAACAAGAAAAUUAUGGAUCACCUGAUUUUACCAUUUAUAAUGCUGGUGCUUUCCCUGCCAAUCGUUAUACCACCGGAAUGACUUCCACAACCUCUGUUGCUAUCAAUUUCAAAUUAAACGAAAUGGUAAUCUUGGGAACUGAAUAUGCUGGAGAAAUGAAAAAAGGAGUUUUCACAGUUAUGCAUUAUUUGAUGCCGGUAAAACAUAAUGUAUUGUCAUUACAUUCAUCUGCCAAUGAAGGUUCAGAUGGUGAUAUUGUAAAAGAGAUGAAAAAAGCUCACAAUGGUCACUUGGAAAAAUUUGCAGUUGUUCAUAUAACGAAGAAUAUUCAAAAGGAUGAAUUAAGUGGCUCAGAAACAAAACGUGCCUACUUCAAAAAGAGGAAAACAUCACAAGAUACAAAGCCUAUGGAAUAG